CUGAUCACAGUGCUGUGUUGGAACAGCCUUUGCAUUCUGCACUGCACUGCUGUGCUGUAGCUUUUAGACUGAACCCUCUCAGCCUCAGUCAGUCAUCAUGGAGGAAAAGUAGACGACUGUAGCCGACUAAAGAGGACAAGACGCUGCAUCCCAUCCUCGUUUCCCCUGUUAUCAUUUGAAAUCGGUGAUCACUGCACAGAAACAGCACCGAAGACACCUGAGAGGUGACAGAAGACAAGAUGAAGCAUUUCCUGAGAGUGGUGACCCAGUUCUUCGUGUUCCUCUACUGUAAAUGUCUGUGGCGGGGCCUGAAGUUUGUCAUCAGAAAGUUUACAGGGCGCUGUGAGCUGCAGCGAAUCUGUUACAACAACAAGCAUGGAGCCCGCAGGACCCUCAAGAUAGAGUCAUCUCUGAGGUACUCCAAGAAUGAGCUGCUGCAGUCUGCUCUCAGCGUCCAUCCUGAUAAAGUGGAGAAAACCAUUGACGACAUCAUGGCCUUGAAGAAGAUUAACCCUGACACCAACCCACAGCUGGGCAUCUCUCUUCAGGCCAGCCUGCUGCAGAUUGUAGGUUACAGGAGCCUGGUGGCAGAGGUGGAGAAGCUGCGCAGGGAGCCUUACGACUCUGAAAAUCCUGAACACGAGGACAUGCUGAUGAAGCUGUGGAAGGAGCUUCGUCCUGACACACCACUCACUGGCCGCAUCUCUAAACAGUGGUGUGAGAUUGGUUUCCAAGGCAGCGAUCCUAAGACUGAUUUUAGAGGCAUGGGCCUACUGGGCCUGCACAACCUGCUGUAUUUUGCAGAACACGACAAGGCCACUGCUCUGCAGAUGCUCCACGACUCUCUGCAACCAAAGCACAAUGAGAUAAACAAGCCUGAAUGGGAACAGAAGAACAUCGACAAAGCUAUUGGCUAUUCGUUUGCCAUUGUGGGCAUCAACAUCACAGACCUGGCCUACUCUCUGCUGGUGAGUGGAGCUCUGAAGACCCACCUGUACAACGUGGCCCCAGAGAUGCCCAGCCUGCUGCACUUCCAGCAGACCUUCUGUUACCUGAUGCAGGAGUUUCACCGUUUCUGGAUCGAGGAGGAUCCCAGUGACAUCAUGGAGUUCAACCGGGUCCGCUGCAAGUUCCACCGGAGGAUCCUGCGACAGCUGAAGAACCCGGACAUGGCUCUGUGCCCCCACUUCUCCGCCUCCGAUCUCCACCUGGUCAACCUCUAAACACACACACACACACACACACACACACACACACACACACCCUUAACCUGUGACCCUCCUCACUGUCCUCACUGAACCCCUCAUAUCCCCACAGAGGUCUCCCCUGGAUGACUGGUAGCCCAACUAAAAAUCAGAAAUCAGAAAAACCUUUACCCUCACAUAGGUGAUUCCUCAAACUACUGGACACAUCUGGGGAGUCUCUCCUCCUUCUCCACUCAGCCCACCUCGUCCCAGCUAACGUCAUGUCGCGUCACUGCCAAAAGCUCACUCAACUACUGCACACCCACACACACACACAUACACAUAUAUAUAUAUACACACACACUGCCUCUACGCCCUCACUGCAGCGUUAGACCACCAGCAUCAGAGAUGACCAUAGCGAUUGUAGCUGUGCAUGAGGAGGCUGCACCACACCAUCACCGACUCAUCAUUAUCUGUUGCUUUAAUGAUUCAUGACGAUUGUAUCGAAGCCGUUACACCUCAGUUAUGGAUCCUGUGCUUAUUCUCAUAACAAAACAAAUACUUUCUUAGCCAAAAAAUCCCUUAUAGAUUGUAACGUAAUGCUCAUCAGUUGUUAAUAUUUUGGCAAUUAGCUGGUCGGGCUUUCAGAUAUGAGCUCAAAUAUGUCAAAAACAAUAUUUUGUAUUGAAAAUGAAGAGCUAUAGAUGUAUAAUGUAACUUUAAAUUAUUUGUGGAAGCAUAAAAGAAAUGUUACUGGCGCAGAUUCAAUCAAAAACUAUCAGACAAUUUAGGGCGAGUUCAUCUCUUAACUCUGUCUGUAUUACAGUAGGUAAAUGAUAUAGAUUGUACUGUACUUUUUAUGUCAACAUGACUUUAACACCUAAGACUUCUCCUUGCCAAAAUAUUGAAUGUGGAGAACUUACAAUCACAGCAGCGGUUUGUUUCUUGUGAGCUCAAAUGUAAGUUUUGUAAACCUGCCAAAUGAUGUUCGUAUUGAAUGUCUACCAUUAGGCAGCACUGGUCUCAAGAGAUCCGUGUCUUGCGGUUGAUAUUUUGCCAACUUUUUUAUUUCAUCGUCCAGAAAAAUAAUACAAAUAAAAAUAAUUUCAUGAGCAUUCUUUUACAGGUUUGCAAAACUUUUUUUUUUCUUUGAUUUGAUCCCAUGCAGAGAUUCUGUUAUGAAUGUUCCUCACACGCUCACAUUCAUGAUUGUUUGAUUCUAUUUUAAUUCAUUGAAUGUGACACUGUGUCCACUGUUUUAUCAGCCAAAGCAAUAAUUUACAUUUAUUUCACUGCACAUUUAUUUAAACAUAUUGAUUUGCACCAUGCGUGCCUACAGUAAGUAUUUGUUUUGCUUUCCUAACUCAGAGCUGGAAUGCUAAUCAAUUCAAAGCUGCUAAACAUGGUGUUUAUUAGAGGUACAGUAAUUAUUGCCACUUUUAUUUAAAGACAUUAGUGUAAUUACUGUCAACAAAUGGGAGGUGCUGUGCUGCAUUUUACAACGUCCAAAUUUGGUGGGAAAUCUGCAGUAAAAACACGUUUGUCCUUUUCAGUAAAGCCAAAGACAGAGAGCGCUGGGUAAUAAGACAGAAAGCAGUUAUGGAGAAUGUAGUCUCUACCUAAAAAAAUGCUACACAUAGCAGCUUUAAAAAGUAUCUGUCAUAUUGAGCGACAACUAGAGAAAUAAGACAAUAAAUGUAGAGUUGCUCCAUAGAAAAUUAAUUAGAUGAUGAAUAUUAAUACAGUCUCGAGCUGAGAGUGAAAAUGUACAAUGGUAAAGAUGGAGGCGUUGACCAGCCAGUCAACGCUCCAACUGGAGAGCUAUUCCUGUCACACUCAACAAUCACACGAGUAAAAAUGAUCUUUAAGAAAUUACUUUUUAUUAACACAGUACUCCUAGAUAUCACUGUCAGCUCCUUACUGUGGACUGAAUGCAUAUUUAAUCAUUUGAUUUCUUUAUUUUACUCACUGAGAUUGGAAAUCUGUUUCCCAGGGGUGUCCUGACCAAGACAAACACCAACAUCCAUAAGUUACAGGCCAACAACACCAAAUAUCACUGAAUACAGUAUAUCACAAAAUUAGAAUGAAUUUUAUUUCAACAACCCCCAAAUUGUCUGAAACCAUAAAAUUCUACAAGUGAAAUAUUAUCAAACAAUGAUUUAAUAAAACCUUCUAUCUUGAUAAAGAAAUACUCCAGAGAAACAAAAAUACAGUUUAUUGAGUAAAGCAGAGCUUAAAAUCAGCCAUAAUCUUGUGGCUGCAUCCAAAACUAGAAGCUUUUUCAAACUCCAUGUUUAAAUUAAAAUCUAAACCAUUUUUGCCAUGGCCAUUAAAUGUAUUUUCAUUCAUUAGUUACCUCUAUAUAUCGUAGUGGUAGGAUAGUUCAAAUUGUCAGUGGCAGAGUCUGCCAUUUCAGUGCUGGAUUUAAAUGGUGUGCAGUCGCAGAAGGUCCCAGGAAAGAACACGUUUGUAGAGUAUAGAAACAUAACUAGAAGCAAUGUCUUGUAACCCAUCAUCAGCUGCCAUGAGUGAUUUUUGUCCCCCUUUGUUUCAUUUGAAUCAUUUUAAGAAGUAAACACAUUUCACAAGAAAAAAUCUGAAAAAAUAAAGUUUGGUGCAGAAUACGUUUUUUUCUGCUUUCUGAUCUUGUUAAUUGUCUUGCAAGUCCCUCUUGGUUCCCAUUUCCCAGCUGGGAACCAUUGUAGUACGACUCUAUUCAAAAACAUGCCAACCGAAAAAAAAAA